AUGAGUGCUCCGAAUAGCAUCAUUCAAAUGAACGACAGUUUCUUAUUGGAAAUAAAACACGUUUGUCUCUUUAAGAGUUCUAUCGACCAUUACAACUACAAUAGUAACAACAAAGCCAAACAUUUUCGGCUUUUGGGAAAUAACCAAACCAACUUCACUGAUUUUGACAUUAUAUCCAGUGUUACGAACAUCAACAACAUUAAUAGUAGUAGUGGGAUGAAGUAUUUCAGACACGAGUAUCACUACAACGAGAAUUUCUUAAGUAAUUUGAGAUUGUUCUUUGAUAAGUAUUUGAUACUCGGACUCAUUGUUGUUGGUAUUGUUACGAACGUCGCGUCGUUUAGCGUUCUACAAGUUAUGAAGAAGAGGAAGAUUUGUAACGUGGCUACUCUCUUGCAGGCACUUUCCGUCAUAGACACGCCCUACCUCCUAACGAACCUCCUCCUGCGACCCUUACGGCAGUUCAACUACAAGACAUGUGCCAUUCACAUCUACCAAAGCCAGCUAGUUGACACUAACAGUCCGUACGCUCUCUAUUACGUUGCCAUCUAUAAAAUAAUCCUGACCGCGAUGUUCCAAUAUUUCCUCCCUCUCUCACUCAUGGCCUAUUUUAGCUACAAAGUUGUCGGAAAUCUCAAAAACUGCAUCAACAUCCUGAGCGUCAAUUUUCCUUUAAAAUUGUCAAAAAAUAUGACAGCUGCUGUAGCUACUACAGAUUGUAAUGUUGCUAGCGACGAAAGUGAUUGCUUUAAAAAGGAAGAUAAAAAAUUUCAUCCUAGUGCUCUAGAUUUGAAAAAUAACAAAUCACUGAAGAACGGCUUGAAAUGUAAAAUGUUUACCUCAGACGAUGGUGAUAAUAAGAUGAUGAUGGUGCAGAUGAAUGAGGAAAUUAAUGAUGAUGAUAAUGAAGAUGGUGAUGAAGAUAGUGAUGCGAAACAGCAUAGUCAUGCCAGCAAACGUGUUGUGGGAUUCGAGAAAUUACAAAAAAAGAAAAAUAGGUUGGAAGGGAGGAAGAAGAAGAGAUGCACGUUUCUAGCGGUGACUAGUUUUUUUAGGCACAAGAUUGCUAGCGUUAGUGGAAGUGGUUCUCAACAUGACGAUGAUUAUAUUUUUAAUAAUAACAAAAUGUAUCACUAUGACGAUGAUAAAAAUAACGACAACCACGACGACCCGAAAAACAAUCCAGGAAAUAAUGGCCGGGAUAAAGAUGAUGACGUCAUAAUAAAUGAAGAAUAUCCCGUCGGCAUACAUUACGCUCACAACAACACUACAACCAAUCCUAACAAGAUUAGUGAUGAUGACAACAAGAAUGGUAACAUCAACAACAACAACAACAACACCAACAACAUCAACAACAACAACAUCAACAACAACAACAUCACAAACAACAACAUCAACAUCAUUAACAACAACAACAGCAACAACAACAGCAACAAUGCUACCGACGAUUUCAAUGACAACAAUAAAAAUAAUAACGCCAAACUUAACGAGGCGUUUGUUAGAAAUAUAAAACUGCUCAGCGAAGAUUACAUUGUGAAAAAGCGGAAGCAGAGCGACAUAAAUAACAGUUGCUUUUCGUCAAUCAAGCGCAAACUCUUCGACAAAAAAUCAGUGACGAGAAAAAAUUUGGCGAAAAAAUUUCUUCUCAACAAAUCGCCGUCAAUAUCGUCGAGCCACACAACCACGCUAACGUCUGUGGCCACCGCGACAACCACUCCUAAACACUUCGAUAUGGUCAGAUAUCGUCUGAAAGAUCUGCGAGCUAGCUGCAAAGAUGAUGUUGGGGGUAAAAUCGACAGUUGUAACAGUGGAGAGGAAAAUGUUUGUAACGUUUGUAGUGCGGAUGAAGAUGAUGAGGAGGAGGAGGAAAACCGUGAGGGUGACAUUUCUAUUAACGCGAAUGAAAAGUGCGACGGCGCUGUGAAAGCAGCAGGAUUCAAAUGUGCAGGCACUCGAGUGAAAGUGCCCAAACAAGGGAGUGAUGCUGCCGAAGAGGGAAAAAUCAUCGGUGGAAAAAUUGAAAAAAAGUUUAAAAUAAAGAAAACUGUAUCACCCGCUAAAAAACAAAACCAGCAACACCUGCAGCAUAAUAAGCAAGGAAAUCAGUUCAAAAAACAGCAACUGCCACAAAAUUCAAACCACCUACUCCACCAGCAACAAAAACGCGUAGCAGUAGUGGCCUCGGCGACAAAAUUAGUGACAGUAGUAGUGAUCAUGUGCGCGGUUUGUAGCAUCCUCACGGUCAUCAACCAUACGUUGAGUGGCUUGCAGCAGAUUUUAGAAAGCACGAAAACAUUUCACGGCAGGUUAGAGAAGUUCGACCACUACAGACGCAUCUCAUACAUCAUCCUGAACUUCAUAUCCACUGCCAACUACAUUUUCAACUUCUCUGCAUACUGUCUCUGCAGUAAGAACUUCAGGUCGGUUCUAAAAGACGGUUGCCUGAACGUCUGCAAGGCUGUCGCCUCGUGCUUUAGGAAUCCUUGCCUCAAGAAAAAUCAUUACUGA